CACUAGGGGAGAGGGAGAGCCUGGAAGCGUUCGGGUCGCAGCGCUGGUGCCGAGCCUCCUGGCGCGUCUCCCUGCCGGUGGCGCCGCUGGUUGACACCUCCCGCCCGUGUGUUUCCGCUUAGUAUGCGUGGCUCCUGCUUGCCCUGAUUUCUCUGGGGACCCGCAAGAUCCAAGCCAGGCUUCCGAGCGCCGCGCGUCGGGUUCCGCUCUCGCCUUCAAUGUUGACUCUUCGCCCUUCGUAGGAAUACCUGGGCUGCUGCAUUGCCGGGGUCCUUCUCUUAGCGGAGCCCUUAAUUAAUGAACUGCAGCUGAGUAUCCUGACACUACCGCACGGACGUGUGUCCUUUGGCAAUGGAGCCAAAAGCUGGCAAUCUUACUCUUGGCUUCCAGAGAAGCUCAACAUCUGAUGAUGACUCUGGAUGCGCCUUAGAAGAAUAUGCCUGGGUUCCUCCAGGUCUUAGACCAGAACAGGUACAGCUGUACUUUGCUUGUCUGUCCGAAGAGAAGGUUCCUUAUGUGAACAGCCCUGGGGAGAAACACCGAAUUAAGCAGCUUCUUUACCAGCUACCACCCCAUGAUAAUGAGGUGAGAUACUGCCAAUCUUUAAGUGAAGAGGAGAAGAAGGAACUACAGAUAUUUAGCUCACAACGGAAGAAGGAGGCACUGGGACGAGGCACAGUCAGAAUACUCCCUAGAACAGUACUGCAUACACUUUGUGAACAGUGUGGUACAAAGAUAAAUGGAAGUGAAGUUGCUGUAUUUGCAUCAAGAGCUGGGCCCGGAGUGUGCUGGCAUCCUUCCUGUUUUGUCUGCUUUACAUGCAACGAGCUGCUUGUCGACUUAAUCUAUUUUUACCAAGAUGGGAAAAUUCAUUGUGGUAGGCAUCAUGCUGAACUGCUCAAGCCACGAUGCUCCGCAUGUGAUGAGAUUAUUUUUGCUGACGAGUGCACAGAAGCAGAAGGUCGCCAUUGGCACAUGAAACACUUUUGUUGUCUGGAGUGUGAAACCGUCCUUGGGGGACAGAGGUACAUUAUGAAGGAUGGGCGCCCCUUCUGCUGCAGCUGUUUUGAGUCCCUUUACGCAGAAUAUUGUGAGACUUGUGGGGAGCACAUAGGGGUAGAUCAUGCUCAGAUGACUUACGAUGGACAACACUGGCAUGCUACAGAAACGUGCUUUUCUUGUGCUCACUGCAAAGUUUCCCUGCUUGGCUGUCCUUUCCUUCCCAAACAAGGGCAGAUUUAUUGUUCCAAAUCAUGCAGCCUGGGAGAGGAUGUUCAUGCCUCAGACUCAUCGGACUCUGCUUUCCAGUCUGCCCGCUCAAGAGACUCCAGAAGGAGUGUCCGCAUGGGGAAAAGCAGCCGGUCAGCAGAUCAGUGUAGGCAAUCGCUCCUCCUGUCCCCAGCACUGAACUACAAAUUCCCUGGCUUUUCAAGCACUGCUGAUGAUACACUUUCGCGGAAACUGGAUGACUUAAGCCUUUCAAGGCAAGGAGGAAGCUUUGUUGAUGAAGACCUCUGGAAAGGAAGGGGAGAAGAAAUGCCAGAUGAUCCAGAAGAGUGGGCUGAACAUGAAGACUACAUGACUCAGCUGCUCCUAAAAUUUGGUGAUAAAGGCCUCUUUCAGCAGCCGACAGAUGCAGAUGUUAGAUCAAAUGAGCAGUGGAUUUGUGAGGGCAUGGUUAAAGAUCGAUCUGAGUUGAAGAAAAACAGUCAAAGUUUAGCAAGUAAGAAAUACCAGUCAGAUAUGUAUUGGGCGCAAUCUCAAGAUGGCCUAGGGGAUUCUGCCUAUGGUAGCCACCCGGGACCUGCCAGCAGCAGGAAAAUCCAAGAGCUGGACAUGGAGCAUGGCACACCUAGAUACAAACUUGACCAAAAGAAAUGGUAUGAUGGCUCACUGGAGUGUUUGUCAAAUCUGAAACAAGAGCAGUGUGUUCGGGACUCAAUGGAUUCCCUUGCUUUAUCUAAUAUCACAGGUGCUUCUGUUGAUGGAGAAGUCAAACCAAGGCCACCGUUGUAUUCUUUACCAACCUAUCAGGAAGUGGAUGAUUGUGAGAAAAUGAGCAACAUGGGAACUCUGAAUUCCUCAAUGUUACAUAGGAGCACAGAGUCUCUAAAAAGUUUAAGCUCUGAAUUAUGUCAAGUGGAGACACUGCCUGAAGAAAAGCCCAUACACAUACCGGUGCUAAGAAGGUCGAAAUCACAGACAAGACCUCAGCAAGUUAAGUUUUCAGAUGAAGUUAUUGAUAAUGGCAAUUAUGAGAGUCUUGACAUUCGUCAGCCUCCCAUGAGCGAAAGGACUCGCAGACGCGUUUAUCAGUUCGAAGAUCACGGGAAGAGACACCAGCAUCGCCGCAGGAGAAGUCGAAAGUCUCGAUCUGACAAUGCGCUUAACUUGGUUGCAGAAAGGAAACCUGCCCCAAAGGAAAGACUUAAUUUUUAUUCUCCUCAGGAUUACGGCAAGUUUAUUCAAAGUAAAAGUCCUCAUGCAAUUCGGGCAUACACUCCAAACUCAUACAGCCAGUAUGCUCACAUUGCCUCCGACUAUGCAAUGGAGAACCAGAGAGACCAAUUUUUCAGAUUCUUUGAGGAGGAAGACUCUUGGUGUUCAUCCUCCUCCUCCUCAGAUUCUGAAGAGGAAGGAUACUUCUUAGGACAGCCCAUUCCACAACCCAGAUCAGUGAGAUAUCCCUACUAUACAGAUGUCCUUUCUAGUCCAAGUGCUGAACUGCCCAGUUCCCAGUUUGGACAAAGGAUAACAAAAUCUAAAAAGAGAAAAUCACACAAAGGCAAAAAUUGUAUAAUUUCUUAAGUUUUACUGAUAAUUAUGAACUCUGUGCCUACACUGUUUUUCAAAUCUUAUGUAGAAAAUGGUUUAAAUAAAGUCCACAUGGGCAGCCUUUGUCCAUGACCCCUGUCAGGGGCCUGCAGUUAAUAAUCAACCGUUUUAGGCGGGGUACAAGAAAAGCAAAGUGAAAAUACUAUUGAUAUAGCUUUAAAAAUGUCCUGACUGCGAUUGAACAUAUUCCAGUGGUGGACAGUUCCCAUGCUUCUUCACCUAGGGCUGAUCGGAGUUGCAAUCCCAACAUCUGGCGGUCCACAAGUUCCCUACCUUGCUCUAGCCAAUUUUUCAUUUUCAGUGCCCAGUACAAAAAGCCAGAAAAUGGCCUGGUUAGCGUGACCACACAAGACAGUGCAUACCAGGUACAAUGACUUUCCAUAAUGACUGCCCAGAUGUAACUUGUGCCAUCCAAACCUGAAUGGCUUGGUCUGCUGUAAAAGGACCCAAUCCUCCUAUAGGUAGUGGGUUAUUAGAAGGUUUUUCUGCCUCCCAACAAGGCCCACUGCCAGGUUGCAGAUGACACAAGAAUCUAUACCUGGGUAGCAAUUCUGGAAAUAGUGCCUAGCAUGCUCUGGUUUAAAUAAGGCUCAGUGGAGUAUUUUUGGGUGUCAGCAUUUGCCCAGUGUCAGCAUCUUAUGGCUUAUUAUAUUUUUCCUGCUACUUCAGUCACCUAGUUCAAAUUAUACCAAUUGAUUUAUGCACCAUCUGUGUUUACAUGUAGCACUAAAAAUGCUUUAGUGCUUCUUAAGCUGCAACAAGCCCAAGCAAAACCUCAGAUUUGUGUACUUUCUCCUCCCUGUCUCCUAUGAAGUUGGGAGAAAUUUUUCAGCAUCUUUUCCUUUCACUUUCUCUGAAUCUCUACUCAUUAUAGACAUAUCAGGGGUAAUAUCUUAGCCAACUUUCUACACCAUGAUUCCUGAUUCAUGCACAAUGAUAGGUUAGGAAGUUGACCUUCUAUGAGCAACCUUGGUCAGUUAAAGCACUGUCUCUUGUUCACACACAAGCCAAAAUUCUGGGAAAGUGAAACAGAGUCUUUUUCCCAACCAUGUGAAGGAAAUGAAAUUCACUCAAAGUUUGGGAUAGUUUCCUACUGCUUGUGCAUGUAGUACUAAACUAGAGGUGGCAACCUGGCUUUCUCCGGGUAUUGCUGGAUUAUGACACUCAUGAGCCCCAGCCAGGAGGACCAAUGGUAAGGAUUUCUGUGGGCUGUAGACUAAACUAUCUGGAGGGCACUCCUGCACUACAAUUGCCACGAUUGCAUUGUGCAAUCCUGGCAAAUACCACAAUUAUAUAUUAUUUAUCCUACACCUAUAUUGUAGAGUAGACUACGCCAACAUCCUUCACUCCAGAUGUUUAGUCUGUAACUCCCAGCAUCUGAUAAUUGGCUGAGUUUGUUAGGAGUUGUAGUGCAAACAUCUGGCAUGUUGACAGACCGGGACUGAUGUAGCCCAAGCCUUUCCAUGCCAAGCAAGAAAUCUUUGCUUGUAUGCAGAAUAAUCGAAGUAAUCAAGUUGACUGUUCCUUUUGAAGUUUGUCUGAGUGAUUCCCACUCAGCCAAAAGUCAAUUUAACAAGAAAUUUUCAUUAUCCCUAAGGAACCAUUUUAUGUGGUGUAAGCUACAGCCUCUACCCAUGAACUUCAUUGCGUUGUCUCAGUCCGCUUGUAUUAAAAACUUGGGGAAACAAGCAAGAAUCCUGCAUAUUUGAAACAUUAUCCUACGUUUCAAAUGUAGUAUAUGAGCAGCAGUUAGAAGCAAUAUUUAUAAUGUAGUAUUUCAUAGCUGAAACUGUGUUCAUAACUUAACAGUGCAAAUAAUGUACAUAUUGUAAAAUUAAGAUUUAACAGACUAUUUUUAUAUCCCUGAAUUGCAAGACAUUUGUUUAAAAGGCAAGCCUAGUUUUAUUUGAGAGGAUAACAUCAGAUUGAUUCAGGCAGGGGGUUUGUUAAAUGUUCAUCAGCUUAUAGCAGUGAAAUGUUUAAUUUUUGACAGUAAAGCUCUGAUUGCAUGGUAGAGCUGUGUAAAUACUGUUUAACCUAUGGUUCCUAACAUUAAAGGAAUUAUUUAUGGGUCAAGGAAAUGAAACUGUCUAAGUAAAGUGCACACCACAACUGGAAUAUGCAAAUCCUACAAAACACAUAGUAUAUUAAAGAUACCCAAUGAUCAAACAUUAAAUCUCAUUCUAGGUUUUGAAAUUAAUAUUAAUGGGUGGUGUCUAUAGUUCUCCCCAGAAAUAAUUACACUUCACAUAAUCAUUUGUGACUUAUGAAAGAAUCCCAUAGCUAUUGAACCAUUUUUUUUUAAAAAACUUUCCUACCAAGGCAUGGAACUAUUUUACAGAAUGUAAUACAAAAUUUUCACAAAAUAUGAAGGAAUGGUGAAAAAACGUGUUUGAGGAAAACUGAAAAACAAACAAUGCUUACUCUUUUAGUAUGCUUUAUAGUUCUAAAAUCAUUUUGUUGCUUUAGCAUAACCUUCCCCCAGCUGAUCCUUUCUAGAUGUGCUGGAUUUCACCUUCCAUUGCCUGCAGGCAACAUGACCAAUUUUCAGUCAGGAUUGAUACUGUAGUC